AUGAACUUCCGGGUCACAGUUUUGGGUUUCACCUCCACCGAAGGCAGGAUUGCAUCUGAAGUAAUCACCCACUGCACCAACCUAUCCCAACUCCAGCACUUCUUCAGCCCUACCGAGGAAGAACAACACGAUGCACUACCUUAUCCCAAUCCGACCUGGUCAUCAUCAUUAGACUCAUCUAAAUGCCGCCUCUUCCUUAUUGAAUCCUCCUUCCCUCGCCACUACAGAGCUUGCAGCACCCCCUACAGCCUCGAAGGCCUCCUUAAGUCCCACCUAAACGUGCCCCAAGACCUCUUCCAGACGCAUGCCUGGGAGCGGACUACCUUUGACUUCAACGAGAUUAUCAACUGCCCCCGGUUACCCACGGCAACCAAGUCAGGAAGGCGCUUCUCGCUGGAGUAUUUCGAGUUAUGGGACGUUGGGGCGGCCACCGGCGGGUUUGAAGAUGAGAUUAAGGGGUGGUGGGAUGGGGAGAAGAAGAGACCGAAAUUCAAACAUGGCAGUACGAAUAUUACGUGUGCGGAGACGGGGAGGCAGUUGCAGUGUCAUAAGUGGAAGAAGAGCGAGGGUUGGUUGUUGAUUGCGCCGAGGAAGGUGUCGUUUUGGUAUGUGGGGAGAGGGGAGGGUGAAUGGGAUGUGGUUAUACUCUGUGAUCCUGCACCAGGAUGCAUCAAAGUCGGGGAGACGACAAGCGAACUAAGUGUACGAGCAUUCUACGGUGGAUAUCACGGCUUCAUACCAGAUGACGUCCUUGCCUCCGCCGCUCACGCCUCCACUUCGACCGCAACUACCACAGACAGCUCAUCAACCCGCAGCGAGAACCAAAAACCCCUCACAAAUACAUCCUCAACCCAGUCCACCACCGAAACACCCCCUCACAACAGCACAUUCGACGACCUCCUCUACUACUUCACCCACCACGCCUCCCUUAUCCCGAACCUCUCGGACCCCCACUCUCUGGCUCUCUUUCCCCGAAAGUUAGUAGCAAGCCACUACUGCCAACUUCUCGGCUUUGUAAGCCACCAAACCGCCUCCAUGCGGUCAUCUGGAUGGGCCGUCCAGCGCCGCACACAAGAGGAGAUCGAGGCCUCGAAUCAGGUCGAGACAGCGUGGAGCCAGUUCAAGUGUCCUGAGUACUUGGAAGCAUUGAAUACCGUUCUAGAUGCUCUUGGUAUCUCGGCUGAUGAAGAAUUGCGUAAUAAUAAGUAUCAUUCUUCUUCGUCGAUUUUUAAAGGCGAUCAAGUCGAAGAAGAGUUGGGGGGGCAAGCAAGAGGACAAAGGGAAGGGGAGGGAGGAAUGACUGACUGGCGCUCCCCCACCUCCGACUUCCUCUUCCUACACCGCGAAUUCCGUCUUCGCCUCAGCGAGUACGCCCGCAUGACGAGCUCGCUCGCGGCCCUGAACGGGAUUAUUGGCGGGCGGUUGGGGAUCCUGGAGGCUCGCACGGCGAAAUCACUCACGUUGGUGGCUAUGAUUUUUGCACCCCCGGCGUGCGUGGCUUCAAUUUUUAGUAUACAGGGCAACGCUGCGGCAGAUAGUAGGGGGUUUUGGCAGUAUUGGGCCGCGGCAGUACCGUUGACCGUUUUGGUGUUUUUGGGAACCUACUUAGUGCAUGAACGGGAUGGGGUGAGGAGGGGCUGGAGGAGGAGCAGGGGAAAGUGGGUUGGGGAUGGGAGUUAA